UGAUGCCCAUCCCUGUCUCCUUGUCCAACCAUCCUCCUCCUUGCCUGCUGCUGACUCUACUGCUGGGACUCACAGGAGUGGCAAGUGAGAACCAGCUGCAGGUGAUUCAGCCUGAACGGUCAGUUUCAGUUGGAGCAGGAGAGACGGCCAUUCUGCACUGCAGCAUGACCUCCCUGCUCCCCGUGGGGCCCGUCAAGUGGUUCAGGGGCACAGGGCCAGGCCGAGAGUUAAUCUACAGUCUCAAAGGAGGCACCUUCCCUCGAGUAACAGAUGCUGCAGAUACUACAAGGAGAAACAACACGAACUUUUCCAUCCACAUCAGUAACAUCACCCCAGCAGACUCCGGUAUGUACUACUGUGUGAAGUUCAAGAGAGCAAGCCCUGACGUGGAGGUUAAGUCUGGACCAGGCACUCAUCUCACUGUGAGUGCCAAACCCUCUCCUCCUGUGGUAUCAGGCCCCGCAGUGAGGGUCACACCUGAGCAGACAGUGAGCUUCACCUGCAAAUCCCACGGGUUCUCCCCCAGAAACAUCUCCCUGAAAUGGUUCAAAAAUGGCAAUGAGCUCUCAGCCUCCCAGACCAACGUGGAACCAGAGGGAAACAACGUUUCCUACAGCAUCUCCAGCACAACCAAGGUGGUGCUGGCCCCGGGGGAUGUUCGCUCCCAGGUCAUCUGUGAGGUGACCCACAUCACCCUGCAGGGAGACCCUCCUCUUCGUGGGACAGCCAACUUGUCUGAGACCAUCCGAGUUCCGCCUACCUUGACGAUUACCCAACACCCCAUGGCGGGGAACCAGGUGAAUGUCACCUGCCAGGUGAGCAAGUUCUACCCCCAGCGCCUACAGCUGACCUGGUUGGAGAACGGAAAUGUGUCCCGAAUAGACAUGGCCUCGACCCUCAUAGAGAACAAGGACGGGACCUUUAACCGGACGAGCUGGCUCCUGGUGAACUCAUCUGCCCACAGGGAGGCUGUGCUGCUCACCUGCCAGGUGGAGCAUGACGGACAGCCGGCGGUCACCAAAAACCAUACGCUGGAGGCCUCUGCUCCCCAGAAGAACCAGGAUGCAGACGAACCUCUGGGCUCAGAGCUGUCUUCUCCUCUCCUGGUAGUUCUCCUCCUAGGCCCCAAAGUCCUGCUGGUGGUCGGUGUCUCUGUCAUCUUUGUCUACAGGAAGCAUUGGGCCUGACUCUCCUUCCUUCCUCCCUGCUGGUGUCACCCUCAGUGUCUGCUGCCUCCUUCUCUUCCUGAGGGACCCAGCCCAGGAGAAGGACUCAGCUGGGAGCUUCCAUGACUCUGCUCCAAAUGCCUACCCUCCAUGGAGACUUGCCUGCCCACAUGCCCUUGAAGCCUCCAGAGUUGGGUCUUCAUACAUGGUCCUGAGCAAGGAUCAUGGGAAGUAGCUCUGGGGGCUGACUCAGGAUAUUUCCCUGGAAUAUGAGAAAUAAGUCAGAUCAACCCAGAUCAGGUUAUCUCUCAUCCAUCACCUUGGACUCGGCCAUGAACUACACAAUAAUGCCCUGUGUUGAGGAGUUAUUCUGUCCUCUGGAUUCCUGCUUUCACCUGACUCCCCACCCUUUGAGGUGCCUCUUUAGUACAAAUGACUCCCAAUCUUAGCUUUAAGAAAAACUAUUCUCCUUCCUCGUUGUCUAAAUAGCCAACUUCUCAAACCCAGAAAAUAGUGUUCCCUCCUCUCUCCGUGAUGGGAAGAGUAGUUUUUCUAUCAUCUUGCAUCCUUCCCAACCCUAUUGCUCAUGGUAAAUAUACUGUGUCCGGAAGCCUGGAGUCAUCCUUGAUUUCUCUUUCUUUUAUAUCACAUAUUCAAUUCUGCCUUCAAAAUGGUUAUGUCCAGUGGUGAGAUGGAACUCUUUAACAAUUAACUAUCCAAAAAGAAAAAUAAAUAAAUAAAGAAAAUUUCUUGGUAUAAAUACUCCCAAUGUGGUCAAUUUCAAGUUAGCAACAGUUUAACAACUAGUUUGCAAAAUUCCUGAAAACGUAAAUAUCAGCUCUCAUGAGCCAGUCCAAUCCCCUCCAGCACACUUCUGAAUUGCAUCCAUAUCUGCACAUUCUCACCCCCACCACUGCUCCCUGGUCCCAGCCACCAUCAUCUCUUCCUGCACCAUUGCUAUAGUCUCUGACUGGCUUUCCUGUUUCAGCCUCAGUGAUUCUUUGGGAAUGUAAGUCAAAUCCUAUCAUUCCUCUGCUUCCUCCUCCAACAUGUCUGCCUGGCUCACUCUCUUCCUUCAUUCCAGCCUCUGCUCAAAUAUCACUUUCUCAAAGACAUCUUCCAUAUACCACCCUGUAUAAAGUAUCAAUUCCUCUCUCAGCCUCGCAUUCCAUGACCUCUUAACCUGAUUAAUUUGUUUCCUGAACAUUUAUUACCAUCUGACAUACAAAGCAUAGGCAGUUCUCACUUUGCAUGAUAGAGAAGGACCAUAAAAAUUACUGUGUAAACUGAAUCAUGGGAAGUGAUCUCAGUAAUCAAUGGGAUAAAUAAAGAUUGUUCUGUGAUCAUUAAAAUUUGAUUUCAAAAUAUUAGGAACUCUCUUACUGUCAGCUACUAAUAAUAUGCAGUUUGACAAAUUAGAAACACUGAGAAUUAAAGCAAUUUAUUUCUUUAUAAAAA